AUGAAUCCACCAUCAUUAAGGUUUAUUUCAGAGUUUUGGCAUCCAAAUGUCUAUCAAAAGGAGGGUAAAGUUUGUAUAUCUAUCCUUCAUCCACCUGGAGAUGAUGUAAUGUCGGGUGAAUUACCAUCUGAAAGAUGGCUACCAACUCAAACUGUCUCGACUAUUAUCCUAAGUGUCAUGUCUAUUCUCAGUGAUCCAAACUGCUCUUCUCCUGCCAAUGUUGAUGCUAGUGUUGAAUGGAGAUCCAAUCGUGAUUCAUACAGAAAGAGGUGUAUGAAAUUGGUAGAAAAAGCAAACAAAGCGAAGCCAAGUCACAUCGUUAUACCACAUCCAGAUAGCAAUCCAGAAGAACACAAAAAAUCGGUUGAAAGAAUUAAACAACAAGAAAAGGGAAUGGACAUUGACUAUUUUACUGAAGACGAUUAUUAUCAAGAUGAAGAAGAAGACGAGGAUUAUGAUGACCAAGAUGAAGAUGAUAAUAAUAUUGAUGAAGAUGAUGAAGAUGAAGAUGAAGAUAUUGAUGAAGAAGAUGAAGAACAAGAACAACCAAAAGUAAACAAUCAAAUUGUUGUUGUUGAACAACAAGAUGUUUCAAAUGAUUCCAAAAAACUAGAUAGUUCCAAUUAUAAUAUAUCGAUUCAAGAAACUACUACCACUACAUCUUCCCCCUCAUCAUCAUCACCUCAACCAACUGAAAAUAUAUUAACAUUACCAACAACAACAACAACAAUUGAAACCAACAAUAACAACAACGAAACAACCACCUCGACCACCUCAACUACUACCACCACUGCCACAACUACUAUAGUUGCUGACCCCAAUCCUGUAACCAUUAAUAACAACACUAGUGAAUUGACUAGUACUCUUAUCGAAACAACAACAUCAUUGACACAACCACCAGCCAACAAUAACAACAAUCCAAACCAACAGAAUAAUAAUAUAAAUAACAACGCCAAUAACAAUAACACUACUAAUAAUAAUAAUGUUAGAAGAAAAAAGAAAUCCAAAAAAUGUAUAAUUAUGUAA